CGGCGCCGAGCCCAGCGAAGCUCCGCGCCGCGGCGCCCGGAGAGGGCGGGAGCGGUGGCCAAGGGCGGCGGCGGGAGGGCCGGUGCCCACGCCCGGGCCUGCCGAGCGGCUGCCCCGCAUCCCGGGCCCUGCGCUGAGCCCUGGGCGGCCGAGGAGCUGUGAGCAGCGCAUCGCGGCGCGCCGGAGCCCCGCGCCCGGGCCGCGAGAGCACGGCGCAGACAAAGGCGCGGCCCCGGCCCGACCCGGCCCGGCCCGCCGAGCCCUCCGUGCGCCCCGCCCGCGGCCGGACCGCGCCGGCCGAGCCGCUCCCGCUGGGCGCCCUGACGGGGUCCGGCCCGGGGGGCGGGGGCCGCGGCCGCCGACGAUGGGGAAAUCCAACAGCAAGUUGAAGCCUGAAGUUGUGGAGGAGCUGACCAGGAAAACCUACUUUACCGAGAAGGAAGUCCAGCAGUGGUAUAAAGGCUUCAUCAAGGACUGCCCCAGUGGGCAGCUAGAUGCAGCAGGCUUCCAGAAGAUCUACAAGCAGUUCUUCCCAUUUGGAGACCCCACCAAGUUCGCCACGUUUGUUUUCAACGUCUUUGAUGAAAACAAGGACGGGCGGAUCGAGUUCUCUGAGUUCAUCCAGGCACUCUCAGUGACCUCGAGGGGAACCCUGGACGAGAAGCUGCGGUGGGCCUUCAAGCUCUAUGACUUGGACAACGAUGGCUACAUCACCAGGAACGAGAUGCUGGAUAUUGUGGAUGCCAUUUACCAGAUGGUGGGGAACACCGUGGAGCUGCCCGAGGAGGAGAACACCCCUGAGAAAAGGGUGGACCGGAUCUUUGCCAUGAUGGACAAGAAUGCUGACGGGAAGCUGACGCUGCAGGAGUUCCAGGAAGGCUCCAAGGCAGACCCCUCCAUCGUGCAGGCGCUGUCCCUCUAUGACGGGCUGGUAUAGUCCAGGGCCCGGAACUGGGAUCCCUGGGAACCACUCGGCUCCUCCCGUGCCAUGAGGCCACCUCAGCCCCGACCACCGCCCUCAUGUGUCCGCCCCGCCUGUCUCCGCACCCACAUGGCACCCAUACGCGGCAGGGCUGCACUUGAAACGUGAGGCCCUGGCUCUCCUCCCGCCUUCCCUGCACCCAGCCGCCGCCUGAAGCCACUGCCUCCAAUUGCCAACAACCUCUGCUUGUGGGGGGUGGGGGGAGCAAAACGAAACAGAAAAGGCUACAGCCCUCUGCAAAACCAAGGACUCGGCCGCUUCACAGGCAGCCUCUCCGUUCCUCCUGCUCUCUUGCGUGUGUGCUUUUUUUUUUUUUUAAUUUCAAACAGACAUUAAAAACAAAACAAAACAACUACCUUCUGUCCUAGAAGAUACGGAAUGACAGACGGGGAGAAGGCCUUGGGGACCUCGGAGAACUCUGCCUCCCACCUCGUGCUUUCGGCAGCCAGAAAGGCUGCUGGAAAAGCCCUGGCCUCCGCCGCGGUGGGGGGCUCAGGAGUGUUUGGGGUGCCUGCCUGAUUCACGUUAUUUGUCACUCCAUCCUUUAGCAGCAAAACCACCCUGCGUGGCUAGGAUGAUUACUUAUGAUGAUGAUUAUUUUGUGACAACAGUAUUGUGCUUUUUGUGGGGAAAGUGAGUUUUUUUAUACAUAUAUAAUUGAUAUCUUUUAUUUAUUGGGUGUUAACUGUUGCUGCUGCCUCGUGUGUCCAAUCGGGGCUCCCGGUUUACAUGUGCACGUCCUCACCCACCUGCCCCACACUCACCUGGGAGGAUGGUGGCCUGCAGUGGCCAAGAAGCCAAAAAAACACUUUUUUUUUCCCCCAGAUAAUGUGUUCGAUGUUUGGAGAUGGGAGGGGAACAUCUUUUGGUUUCCCAACUCUUGUUUUGAUGUUUCCAAUAGCAUGGAAAAGGAGAAGGCUUGUCCUAAGCUUGGGAGCCAGGAAAGAGGGAAUUAAUUGCAUACAAGGCAGAGGGUAAGGAUAGGUGUUCUUUGCAAGCAAGUUAGCAGAAGUAACUAAAGGAUGCCUCCACCUCCUUGGUUUUUUGUUUUUUUGUUUUUAAAUAGUCGGUGAGCUCUCACCCUUUAUGCUUUCCUGCCUUCCUCUCUGCUUUUACCAGUGGACCACAUGGCAUCCUUCUUCCCUAUCCCUCUCUUAGGUCAAAUGCUUGGAAGGACUGUAGAUUCCAUUCUGGUAGGUCUUGCUACACCGAGCUGCAGCCCAUACACCCUUACUGGAGCCUUCUCACUCUGCCUGCCACUGAGACAGGUGCGGCCCCAGCACAGCCCCCAGGAGUGUUAGAUGACCCUGGACCCAAGAUCAAGGGUUUCAAGGUCUGACUCUUGCUCUGUGGCUGUCCUCCCUGGGCCUGGGGUACCCCAUCUGUAGAACCAGGAGGCUGGGUUGGUUGGUCUAGAAGGUCCCUUUCCAUGUUGACACUGUAUGACUCUAAAAGCCUGGGAUUCAGUCUCCUAAAGCCCAUGAUUCUGUGGUCUCUGGUUCGGUUUGCAAGAUCCUAGCAGAUGUGAGGACCGUCUGACCAGCAGCACAACUCCUGUAUUGUCACUUGGCACAAGCCCUCAGAGAAACAGCAGCCACCAGUCACUGGUGUGUGGGGUUGGUCCCAGGGACCAGGAUGUGUCAGAUGAUGCACUUUGUCCCUCCCUGCAGCACUUCCUUGUUCCUCCUGAAUUCUAGAAGAGCCAACUCACCUAUGUUUUGGGAUUGGACUAGUCCUCACCAAGAGAAGGUUUCUGGGGGUGAGAAGGAGCAUCCAGACCGCUUGGGGGCAGGCCUGGGUCUAGAAUUCUUGUUUCUUCUUUGCAGAGUCAGCAGUCUAUCAUUCUCCUGCUUAGCCCAGCCCCAAGGGGAAAAGUUGGCUCUCAGUUCCUGCUUUGGGUUGUCUUUGGUCUCCACUUUGCACUUUUCCCAGGAGGCCAGAGCCUCUCCUGCUAAUUAACCCUCAGCACAUAGAUCUUCAGCCAGAGAGAGCCCUCUGUUAAAGAGAGUAGCUUUAGCCAAUGCGGGCCUUGCAUGUCCAUUCCUGUCAGUUGAAAACUCAUAGCCAAUGCCAGAAAUACUUUGUUGCACUGGCAGACCCUUUGCUGCACUCUGUCUCGCUGGUAAGCCCCAGAUCCUGCAGGGAUGGGGAACUAGAGUUCUACCUUCAUAUGUGAUUUUGAAGGUUGGACUCCUUGAGGCCCCUCUGGGUCAGCUUCCUGCUCUGGCCAGUGACCUAGGAGGCCUGGGACUCACCACCAACUGCUGUGGGUCCUUGGCCUGGCUCUGACCUGGGGCCGAAGGGCAAGGGAUGAACUUGGUGACCUGGGAUUGAAGGGGAUGAGGAGGGGCCUUUCCCCGGGUCAAAUUAGUUCUCUUUGGCCUCUGCCUGAGCCUCAGUUUGCUCUCUGGUCAGACAGGAAUGAUACUGCUUUACAGCUUAUUUUGGAGGUAUCAUAGAAAGGAGCUUGUGGCUGAGGGUUUUCCAGGGUUAAGCAUGUGGAUCCUUCUAGCUAAGGCAGUCAAUUCCCAGACAUCUAUUGAGCAUCUGUGUGUGAGGCCUGCCUCCCAUCCUGUUUGCCCUUUGGCCUCUUCGUUUUGAGCCACAAGUAUGGCUUUGGCCACAGCAGACAGUAUCCUUGGUGACCCGGGACCAGAAUGCCAGUGGGCCCCAUGCCUCCGAUACAGCCGAGAGCUGUCGGCAGGGCCACCCCUCUUCCUGGUGGGGUGCCAGACCCUGGUCAUUUUUGGCUUAAGGUUGCCAGGCAGGGACAGCUUUCUGUCCCCUUCUCACCAGGCCUCUAGUCAGGGCACCCUCGGAAUCCUAAGCAAGGCCCCUCCUGAGCAGCCUGUGGACCUCUCUUCCCAAUGCUGUUUUCCCCACCAGGUCCCCAGCAGAUGCUGCUUUUUUUAGGAUUCCAGACUGGAAGCUAGGCUCUUGUUCCCCUGCAGAUCCAAGCCUCCUUUCAGAGGUAUUGGAACUAGCCUCAGGCAGUUGUCUGCCCUGGCCUCUUCCUCGUGGCAUCUGCUCCCACUUUGUGCUGAUGGUGACUUAGGAGCAUUUCAAGGUUUUCCAUUGACGAAAUAUCUAACCAGGCAACGUUUAAAUAACAUUAAGGCAAAUGUAUGUAUCAUCCUUUACACAAACAUCUCUUCUCCUUGAAAGCUUUUGACAUCCAACUCUAGAGGACAGGUGCACCUGGGCUUUGGGAGACAUUGUCUCUUCUCUGGGAGGUGGAGAUUGGGGUGUCGGUGCCCCCCUCUGGGGGGGGGAGGCAGCCUCUGUCUGGAGAAGGCCCUCACUGCCAACCAAGCGGAAGGCUUCUCUGUUCCCGAGGCAGUGUCAGCUUCCAAAGGAACAAAGGCAAUGGGGAGCGCCCCCUGGUGCUGCUGAGCCGCAAAGGCAUCUGGGAGCUCCAAUCCUGCCCAGCAAGUUCAAGAGUGAGGCUGGAGGGAGGGAGGUGGAAAAAGGGCUGUGAUUUCACGAAGGUCCUGGGCCUCCAGCCCCACUUUAUUGGCAGUGUUAUCUCCCAGAUGCCCCUAUUUAGGUCUUCCCCAGGGCUAGUAAGUUAAUUAGUGUAAGGGCACUGUGAUGGGAAGCCUCGCCCACUCCCCAACCCCGUUUUUUAAAAAUAUCUGCAGAAUAAACCCAAUGAUUGAUUUUUGAAUGAAUAAAAGGCUUUUGUUGAAUAAACAGCUGGUCCCAUCUUCUGUCUUGGCAUCUUGGAAUUUAGGCUCAGGCUCUGUCUACUCCCUGGGCGUGGGAUAAAUGCAGAAUCCCCCCCCCCCAUGCAUUUCCCUAUGUCUCUCAGUGGUCCCUGGCCCCAGGGAAGGCCACCUAGGUCCUAGUCUGACUCGGUGACCUUCUUCCUCUAUGACCUUGGGCAAGUCACUUCCACUCAUUGGGUCUCAGUUUCUCCAUCUGUCAGAUGGACACAAGAGUUGCUGCCCUGCCCACCUCACAGGGGUGUUGUGAGGACCACAUGUGAGUAAGCGAAGCCCUUUGCAGGGGUGAAAGGCCAGUGCCAGAGAGCAGUGGUCUGAGCUGUCAUGGGGCCCCACCCAGAGCCUGCAACUUUGAAAAGGAAUUUGGACAACUCUUGCAAAAAAAAAAAAAAAAAAAAAAAAA